UUACUCAUGGCUUUAAUUUUUACUUUGCAGGAAUGAGCAGCACAACUGUCAUGAGGAAGCUAAUUCUAACAGCAGUCUUCUGCCUGUGCCUGAGCAGUUUGGCAUCAUCAUCCAGACUGGCUUGUUAUUUCACCAACUGGUCCCAAUACAGACCAGGCAAUGGGAAGUUUAUGCCUUCAAAUAUUGACCCGAACCUCUGCACCCACCUGAUCUAUGCCUUUUCUGGUAUUAAUGAGGCAAAUGAGUUAGUCACUGUGGAAUGGAAUGAUGAAGAACUCUAUAAAUCCUUCAAUGGACUCAAACAGAGAAAUCCCAAUCUAAAAACACUGCUGGCUGUUGGCGGUUGGAACUUUGGAACCCAAAAAUUCACUGCAGUGGCAUCAACACAAGGCAACAGAAAAACAUUUAUCCAGUCUUCUAUCAAAUUUCUGAGAAAACAUGGCUUUGAUGGACUAGACUUGGACUGGGAAUACCCGGCAGCAAGAGGAAGCCCUCUGGAGGACAAGCAGAGAUUCUCUGCGUUAUGCAAGGAGCUCCUCGAGGCCUAUGAGGCAGAAGGAACGGAAACUGGGCGGCAAAGGUUAAUGAUCUCGGCUGCUGUGUCUGCUGGGAAAGGAACCAUUGAUGCUGGCUAUGAAAUUGCAGAGUUGGCAAAGUAUGUGGAUUUUAUCAAUGUGAUGACGUAUGACUUUCAUGGCUCCUGGGAGGGAGUCACUGGCCAUAACAGCCCUUUAUACAAAGGAUCCCAUGACAUCGGGGACAAUGUGUACUUAAACACUGAUUUUGCUAUGAGGUAUUGGAGAGAUAAGGGAACGCCUAUAGAAAAGUUAAAUAUGGGCUUUGCCACAUAUGGACGAACAUUUCAACUUUCAACUCAGUCCAGAGAAGUUGGAGCCCCUGUCAGCGGUUCAGCUGCUGCUGGUACUUUUACAAGGGAGGCUGGCUUCUUGUCCUAUUAUGAGAUUUGCACUUUUCUUCAAGGAGCCACUGUUCAGCUGAUCGAGGAUCAGAAAGUCCCGUUUGCCACCAAACAAAACGUGUGGGUUGGAUAUGACAACAAAGAAAGCUUUUACACCAAGGCCCGUUAUCUUAAGGACAACCGAUUUGGAGGCGCCUUCAUCUGGGCUGUGGACCUCGAUGACUUUAACGGACAGUUCUGUGGUCAAGGAAACUAUACCCUCAUCAGCUAUCUCCGCUCUCUUUUGGCAUCAGAUCUACCUCCCCUCCCUCCUACAGAAACCACCAAGCUGGUCGCCAAACUUCAUCCCACACCAGCAGCCACUACUUCAACCAAAAUCUCUGAUGAAAACUUCUGUGCAACAAAAGCUGGUGGAGUGUAUGCCAAACCAGAUGCACCAGGUUCUUUUUACAGCUGUGCCAACGGGAUCACCUGGAUCCAGUCCUGUGCUGGCAAUUUAGUCUUUCGAGACAGCUGCAAAUGUUGUGACUGGCCCUAGACACUCUCACUACUGUCAGCAAGUCACAAUCUCUUUUUUUUGUUUUAUGAACAUUAAAUAAAUUGUUUAAAAUCAUUACAGAGGUUAUAUUUUCAUUUGGCUUUGAUUGUUAUAGAUGUGUGAUAAAUCAUCUCCAGUGUUUGUGUGGCUCAGAGUUGUU